UCUGUGCUUUGCUCUGCAUCACAGACUUGAACCACGCAGUCCUCUGAAGAGCACUGGAAAUUUCUUUUUCGUGGUAACUGAUCCUGUAGAGAAGAGAGAACAUGUGGUUGCUAAUCCUAGAGAUCCUUAUGUGUUUAACUACCCAGGCUAACUCUGAGGUUAUGCCUAACCAAUUUACAUGCAAGCAUUUUUUUUACAAAGGAACAGAACCCAAAGGCAUUAUACCACAGAAUGCUGCUCGGAUUUGCCAAACCUACAAUAACAGAGCUCAUUUUGCAACAAUGUAUGACAAGGAAAACCGUAUCCCAAUAUACUCUGCAUACAUACAUACAAAUGGAGGUAACGGUAUCCGAAGUAACGACUGGUACAUUGAACCCCAGCUCAUAGAUCGAAGAAGAGAAAAGAAUAUGAUAAUAGUGUCAAACAACGCUACCGAAGAAGAAAAAGAAAGUCAGGCAGUAUCAGAAGAUUAUACAGCAACAGAUGCCACUAGAUAUGAUCGGGGUCAUCUAAGUCCAUCUAUGCACCACAAUAAUGAGGAAAGUAGGACAGCAACUUUCACCUUGACUAACAUUGUGCCUCAACGUACCAUACUAAACCAGGGAGAGUGGAAUCGUUAUGAAACUGAAAUAAUGCAACAAUUUGUGAAUGGAUGCACUACAACAUAUGUUAUUGUUGGAGUGAUUCGAGGGAAGAACGAUAAGAAAACUAUAAACAAUCGGGUUAAGGUGCCUAGUCACCUCUGGACUGCUGCUUGCUGUGUAAAUAAUAACAACAAUCCUAUGAGGUCCCUUGGUUACAUUGCCGAAAAUGAUGACAAACCAGUGGAAGAUAUAAAUCUUGCAGACCUACAGAGACAAAUAAAGGGUGAUACUGGCAGAGAAGUGACUUUGUUUGAAAAUAACUGUAGGUGAAACAGAAAUUCCCACAGCCAAAUGAUUUUGUCUUAAAAUCCUAUUGAAAGUUUACAAGAAAUAAAAUUUCCAAAAUUGCAUUUUGUCAUUCAUCUCACAAAGCUAAGUUAUGAUCUAUAAUUACUGUUAAAAUGCAGAAAUGUAGAACAGCCCUUACAUGCUUUUCCUACUAGCAUAUUUAAUUUUAAGGUUCUUUUAAAAAUAAUAGGAAUAAAAAGAAUAAUAAUGUUACUUAUAUGGCACCAGUAAUACAAAAAAAUGCAGA